UAUAAAUUCCUGCUAGUAAUAGGGUUAAGUAUGCUUGCCUGAACUGCUCAGGUUGACUUAUUUGUACAUAGUACUUAUAAGGCCUGACCUUUUUUCUGUGUCCUCUUCUUUUUUUCUUCUUUUUAUUAUCAUGUUCAUUGCUCAUGCAUGCUAAUGCUGUUUCUCUGCAGGCUCCUCUCUCGGGCUCCAACAGCAUGACGGUGUGCUGCCUUUGGUGUACCUCUGGUCCUAUCGAGAUGACAGCCAGUAUAGAGAAGAAGGGCUUCAUGCCUGGUGAAACUGUGAAGAUCAUUUGCGAGUUUGUUAAUGGUUCAUCUCGAACAGCCACUCCAAAGGUGUCACUGCAACAGAAACAGAUUUUCUACACCCACAACAAGAACCACAGGAGGAUGCAUGUCAAGAAAUUGACGUCCUCGACUGGACAACUCGUCAGUGAACGCAUCUCUGACCGUCGCACUGUGAUUAAGCUCACUAUUCCCUCUUCUGCAUCCCUCACCAUCUCUAACUGCAGCAUCAUUGAUGUUGAAUACUUGAUUGAGGUGAGCUUCAGCGUGAGAGGUUCCCCCGACCUCGAUGUACUGUUUCCCAUCAUCAUGUGUGAUAGCCCUGUUGACGCUUACCCACCAUCUUAUUUGUGAAUUUCAAAUGUAUUUAAUAUUACAUUGUUUUCUGAGAGACAACAUUUAAUAGUGAACAGAAAUGUCUCAGUCGGACUUGUUUUACUGCGAGAGAUCUAUGAAUCCUAAAUAGCGUCAAUUUCAGUACUGUAACUGAAAAUUGUGACUGUUAAACAUUGUGAUAACUGCCAUAGGGAAUCAUACUGCCUUCACUCUGUGUUCAGAGUAAUAUAUCUUUUAUUAGUGGAUUACUGUUUCAGCGUAGAAUUUAGUAGUUUUAGUUCAAGUUGAAGCAUUGGGUAAAUAAUGUGUUACAGUUUGAAUGUCAAAAAUAAUUCUCAAUCAGGAAUAGAGCCAAAGCUAGAUGUUUUGCCACUGUUAGAGUUCAGAUUAAAUUGUUCUGCUCCUGUCCUGGUAACGCUAUAUGUUACUGUGUGUGAAGACAGAGCCAAAACCUUAAAGGGGAUUGUUUCAGACAGUCCUAUAAAAUAAACAUUCCCAGAAAAAACGAGCAUAUCUUCCCUUCUAAAAGGGUUAAAUAAAUAAUCUUUUUUCU